AAAUUUCUCAUCCCAUCGCCCACCUUCACACAAUGGCCAACACCGCAAACGCAGAGCUCCCUAAGCUCGAUUACCCUUACGAUGGUCUCGAACCUUACAUUUCUAAGGAGAUCAUGACUCUUCACCACACGAAACAUCAUCAGACCUAUGUCAACGCGCUCAACGCUGCUGAACAAGCCUAUGCCAAAGCAUCCACUCCCAAAGAGCGCAUUGCUCUUCAAGCAGCUCUAAAGUUCAACGGUGGAGGACACAUCAAUCACUCCUUGUUCUGGAAGAACCUUACGCCUCAGAAAAAUGGUGGUGGUAAACUGUCUGACGGCCCUCUCAAGAAAGCUAUCGAGGAGACUUUUGGUUCUUUCGACGCCUUUAAGAAGGAUUUCAACACCACCACUGCUGGUAUUCAAGGUUCCGGAUGGGGAUGGCUCGGUGUGAGCCCGAAGACGGGGCGACUCGAGAUCGUCACCACUGCCAACCAGGACCCUCUUCUGACCCACACUCCCGUCAUCGGUGUGGAUAUCUGGGAGCAUGCUUUCUAUCUCCAGUACAAAAACGUGAAGGCCGAUUACUUGAACGCUAUCUGGAACGUCAUCAACUUUGACGAAGCCGAGAGGCGUUUCAAAGAAGCUACUAGUGGUUCCAAGCUUUGAGCUGAUGGCGAAAAAGUGAAUAAGAAAGACAUGGAGAAUGAAACAACCAGUGUAGUAGUAUAGUGCUAUUUGGACAUCGGACCCAAAUGCAAUUUUUGAUCUUUAAAUUUUGUCGUUACAGGCCUGGUUCCAUUGUCUGUUAGAUCUCGCCGUUUGUGGCUCACUUUUCCGCCUCUCUGUUCUCCAGU